GGCCAGGCCACAGGGAUGUGAGAUGACAACCAGACACAUCCUCUGGCCACUCCCCAGCUGCCCCCUGGAGCAUCAGUGAAGGAGCCCACCUACCCCAGGGCCUGGGGGAGAGGAGGGAGCCCUCUAGCCCAAUAGGCUUCAGAUGCCAACGCAGCAAUGGCUUUCUGUGUAACACUGGGCACUGUCUUCUGAGAGCCUCUGUUUCCUCUUCUGUAAAACGGGCAUCAUUGACCUGCUUAUUGGAGUCCGACUCAGCAGCUGCUCCUUUCUUCUUCCCCUUCUUUAAAGAUGGGAGCCAGGGGCCAGGAAGAUAGUGCCGAAGUUUCCCUCUGGCAUCCAGAACCCAUCGCUCCUCCCUCUCGGGCACUGCUGCCAUGGACACCUUCCUGCUGUCUGCACUGUGCCUCCUUGCGACCUGGGCAGUCCUGGCAGGGGGAGUCACCGUGCAGGAUGGAGAGUUCUCUUUCCCUCUGGAGUCAGUGAAGAAGCUCAAGGACCUUCGGGAGCUCCAGGAGCCCGGCAUUCGGAACCGUAGGCAGAGUGGAGGCCUGGUGGCUCCCAACGCCUGCAGCCACCAGAAGUUUCCGGAAGAACUCAAGCCUCUCUGCAAGGAGCCCAAUGCCCAGGAGAUCCUCCAGAGGCUGGAGGCCAUCGCCGAGGACCCGGACUCGUGCGAGAUCUGUGCCUUCGCCGCCUGUGCUGGAUGCUAGGACUGUCGGCUCGCUGCCUCCGGGCCCCUCCGCCACAGAUGCUCCCAGGGCCCGCAGCUCCGCCUUCCCCUGCCCCCAGGGGAGGAGUGGAGAGGGCGUGGCCUGGGGCGCCCUGCGCUGGCCCGGCCCCUGACCCGUCCCGAGCUGCCACUGCCCCCCAAGAUCCACUCCGACCCUCAGCCAAUAAACCAGAUCCCAGAGUA